AUGGCCUCCCGAUGGUGGCUGCAAGUCCAGGCCGUCGUCUGGCGGUUCCUGAUGCGCAUUGGCAUGUUCCUACACGACAUUACGCCGCCUCGCUGUCCCCGUCCCCGGUUUACGCGGACCGUCAAAUCCGACCCCCACGGUCCACCCGUGAUCCUCCACUUCUAUUGUCCUCCCGAUUAUUAUGAGCAGCGACGGCAGGGCCAUCGUUACCCAGUCGCAGUUAACUUCCACGGCGGCGGAUUCACGCUGGGUUGCGCUACCGACGAUUCUCGCUGGGCAAAUGCGGUGAUUGCGCACGUCGGAGCCGUCGUAUGCAGUGUCAGCUACCGGCGGGCCCCGGAACACCCGUUCCGGGCGGCGGUCGAUGACGGUGUCGAGGCACUUUUAUAUCUGGCACGCAAUGCCGCUGAUCUGGGUCUGGAUGUGAGUCGCGUGGCGCUGAGCGGGUUCUCAGCGGGCGGCAAUCUGGCUAUCACGGUUCCCCUUCGUCUGCAAGGCCGGAUCUCGACCGAGAUCAAGGAAAACUUUGGUCGGGCGGAAUCGACGCAACGUCUAGUCGAUAUGACUAGCGAACUCAAGAUCGUGGCGUUGUUCUGCUGGUACCCCAUUCUCGACUUCCUCGAGUCUCGCGAUCAUCGCCGGGCGAUGAGCAUCAUGCCAAACAAGUCCAUGCCUAAAUUCUUCACCUCCCUGUUCGACGAAUCGUACCUUCCCGACCCGAAUGAUCGCUCCUCGAUCUUCGCAUCGCCUGUUCGUGCCUCUGAUUCCAUCCUGGCCGAGGCCCUGCCGCGUGACGUAUGGCUGUACAUAUGUGAGUGGGACAUGCUGAUGAAGGAGGGUCAAACAUUCGUGCGUCGCUUGGAGGGACUAGGCAAGCGCGUACGAGCCAUGAUGAUCGAAAAGGCCCGUCACGCCUGGGACAAGUCCCCGAAUCCCUUCCGAGACCAGGACAGCGUAGACAUUCUUUACCGCGACGCCUGUGCAGACAUGAAGGCGGUAUUUGACCGGUGA